AUGGACUCUCUCGAUUACGCGAUCCUCGGUGUGUUUGGCCUGCUGCUUGUAGUGUUCUACAGCAGAACGCUGCUGUGGUCGAUCCUGCGGUCGUUCUCCUCGGACGAUACAUUCAAAGUGAGCAACAGUUCUGGGUCCAGGGACGUGCGGGCCGUGAUGCAAGAGAACGGGAAGAACUUUCUCGUAGUGUACGGGUCGCAAACGGGCACCGCGGAGGACUACGCGAAGAAAUUCGCCAAAGAGCUUGUCGGGAAGUUCCCACAGUUGAAUGUUCUCGUUGCAGACCUCGAGGACUACGACUGGGACGAGCAGAUCGCAUUGCUCGGAAGAAGCACCCCGCUUGCGCUGUUCAUGGCCACGUACGGCGAGGGAGACUUCCCGGACCCAGCGCUCCCCUUCGAACGGUUCUUGCAGGACCAGGACGGGGAGACGCUCAAGGGGUUGUACUUCACGCUGUUUGGGUUGGGGAACUCGACUUAUGAGUUCUUCAACGCCGCGGCUCGCAACACGCAAAAGAUGUUGACCAAGGCGGGGGCCCAACAGGUAGGGAAGUUUGGUAUGGCCGAUGACGGUGCUGCCACUACUGACGAGGACUACUUGUCCUGGAAGGAACUUAUCAUGGAGGACUUGAAGGACUUCUUGCAACUCAAUGAACAAGAUGUCGUGUUCCGCCCAGCGUUCGACUGUCAGUGGAGGGAUUCUGUCUCCGAUGACGUGUACUUGGGGGAACUGUCCGCAAACUAUCUGCCCACACAAGAAUUACCGUACAACGAGGCAAACUCCCUGCAGACGGGACCUUUCUCCCACAACUACCCUUACCUUGCUCCGAUUACCACCACUUUCGAGUUGUUCGCCAAGGGGAAUGACAGAAACUGUAUCCACUCCGAGUUCGACAUUUCAGGUUCCAACUUGAAGUACUCCACGGGGGAUCAUCUGGGUGUGUUUGCUUCCAAUCCAACGGAGAAAGUGGACCAGUUUUUGAGAGUGCUCAGUCUGGACGCAAACCGGGUCUGUGAACUGCGCCCACUCGACGCAACGACAAAAGUACCCUUCCCAUCUCCAACUACGAUUGAAGCCGCUGUCCGUUACUACCUAGAGAUCACUGGGCCCGUCUCGAGACAGUUCUUUUCGAUGCUGGUGCAGUACGCUCCAACAGAGACUACGAAGCAGAAACUGCUGGACCUGUCAAAGGAUAAAGACUUGUUCGCUUCGGAGAUCACAUCAAAGUACUUCAAUAUUGCAGACGCACUAUCGUAUCUAUCUCACGGUGAACCCUGGACCACGGUCCCCUGGUCAUUCCUUAUCGAAAAUAUCCCCCGGUUGCAGCCCCGCUACUACUCGAUUUCGUCCUCAGCUCUGUCAGAGAAACAAACCAUUCACAUAACGGCCAUUGUGGAAAACAUGACCAUCCCUGAUACAAAGGAGCAUGUGGUAGGUGUGACGACAAACAUGCUACGGAAUAUCCAACUGUCCAUGAACAAACUGCCAACGGAAGAUAUCCCAGUGCACUACGACCUCGAUGGCCCACGGUCACUGUACGGAGGGCACAAACUGCCCAUAUUCGUGCGGAAAUCCCCCUUCAAACUCCCCACGAACUCCGGGACUCCAAUCAUCAUGGUCGGUCCUGGUACUGGCGCAGCGCCCUUCCGCGGGUUCAUCAGAGAGCGGGUCGCGUUGGCACAGAGGGAAGAUUCGAACGUCACUAUGGGGCCCAUGAUGUUUUUCUACGGGUCGCGCAAUGAGAGCGAUUACUUGUACCGCGAUGAAUGGACCCAGUACGCGACUGUCCUUGGAGAAUCCUUCCAAAUGUUCGUCGCUCAUUCGAGACUGCCAGGAGAACCUAAGGUGUACGUGCAGGACAAGCUCAAGGAGCAAGAGUCCAGAGUUUUGGAUCUGCUGAAGGCCGGUGCGUUCAUCUACGUGUGUGGUGACGCGAAGGCCAUGGCCAAGGACGUCAGCGCGACUUUUGUCGGAAUCUUGUCCAGAGGGAUGUCCAUCUCGACGGAUGAGGCCGCUGAGAUGGUCAAGAUGUACAAAAAUGUCGGAAAGUACCAAGAGGAUGUGUGGUGA